ACGACUCAUUAGUAGUAGUCGUUUUUGUUUUGAUAGUCGGUGCAGUAUGUCAGGUUUGAAGCUAAUGAGGGCGAUCCGAGUGAGCGAGUUCGGUGCUCCAUCAGUCCUAAAACUGUGCGCUGACGUAGAAGUUCCGCAGCCUGGAAGUGGACAGGUGUUAAUACGUGUCCAUGCCUGCGGCGUGAACCCUGUGGAAACAUACAUCCGUGCUGGGACAUACAACCGGAAGCCCUUGCUUCCAUACACACCUGGCACCGAUGUAGCUGGCAUGGUAGAAAGUGUCGGAGAGGGCAUCACAGCAGUGCAGACAGGGGAUCGUGUCUUUACCACGUCCACUCUGACUGGAGGUUAUGCAGAAUUUGCUGUAGCUGCACAUGACAAUGUCCACAAGCUGCCUGAUACAUUAGACUUCAGCCAGGGAGCAGCAAUCGGCAUCCCAUACUUCACAGCCUACAGAGCUCUGGUUCACAAGGCUCAUGUAAAGGCAGGAGAGACUGUCCUCAUCCAUGGAGCCAGUGGAGGGGUUGGUCUGGCAGCAUGUCAGCUCUCUCGUGUGCUGGGCCUCAGGGUGCUGGGGACUGCUGGGACCAAAGAGGGAAUGGAGCUUGUGGCCAAAAAUGGAGCUCACCUGACAUUUAAUCACAGAGAGGUUGACUAUACUGACAAAAUAAUGGGAGCCACAGAAGGCCAAGGAGUAGAUGUGAUUGUGGAAAUGUUGUCUAAUGUCAACCUUAACAAAGACCUCCAAAUGAUGAAAUUUGGAGGUCGUGUAACGGUUGUAGGCUCAAGAGGGCCCAUAGAAAUUAACCCCAGAGACACAAUGGCCAAAGAGAGCAGCAUUAUAGGAGUUUCCCUUUUCUCUGCCACACCGACGGAGAGGAAGGAGUGUGCAGCAUUUCUUUUUGCUGGGAUGGAAGCUGGUUGGCUGCGUCCAAUUGUCGGGGACCAGUAUCGACUGGACAAGGCUGCUCAGGCCCACCAUGAUAUAAUCGAAUGCCGAGGGGCCACUGGAAAGAUUGUGCUGACUAUGUGAUCAUGUGACCAAAUUACAGGGUGACAUUUUAAUGGCAAAAUAAAUCAAGAAGUGUUGUCAUAUUUAAGUGCAAUUGAACUUUUUAUUGAACAAUAAGACUACUCUCUACUUUUACAAAAUAGCAAUUAAUCUACAUGUAGUAGAGCUGGUUAUAAUAGGAAUCAAUGCCUGAUGAUAAAUUGCACUAAAUGACACUCAUUAUUGUUUUUUUUUAGUAGAAAUGUCUAUCCUCAGCAGCUUUAUAGUCAAACACGGCACAAAUAUAUGAAUUCAUCUGUAUUGAAGAUGAACACAUGAACCUUCCAAAUACUUGUGUGACUAUCACAUUGAUCAUCAUAAAUUUUAAAAGAAAAAAAUGUCAACUUGUAUGUUUUUUGUGUGUGUGUCAGACACAACAUUCUCUCCUCUCGGGUGACAGCUGGUUCUACUGAGUGUGCGCCAUAGUGGCUUAGGUAACCUAAGAUACACAUACACAGCAGCACAUUUUGGACUACAUGAGGCUCACCCGCGUUAGUUGUUCAGGUAUUGCUUAAUGUGUGUCUGUGGAACAUAUUCAAAAGGGAUCGAGCUAUCCCAUCUGAUCGUCAGGUGAGUUUCUUUCCUUUACUCAUUCAGCUAUAGGGUUUGUUUUUGAAAGGCCUUUUGUCAUUGAAGUAUAAAACAGGCCAUUUCAUUUGUUCAUUAGUUUUUUUGCUAGAUGCUGUUACUCUUCAUCAAAAGAUUCUCCUAAAACGAGAUUUACAAGCAAAAUUCACAAUCAUGUAGGAUGUAGAUUGUAGAGCACUAGUGUUUGUUUUAUUAAGUAUGAAUGUCAUUAUCAUGAAACUAACAGUAAAACAUGCUUUAGUACAUUUAUUUAGCAUUCAGUCAUAAACAGCUACGAAUUCUGUAACAGUUUGUAACAUCAAAAUAGUAUUGGAUACUACAUAGUGUUUAUUUUGCCCAUGUUAUUUUCUACUUUUUGCUGCAUUUAUUUUCCUUCCCAAGUAGGCAUUUUUCACAUGAACUAUUCCUAUCAACUUGUUGCUGGGUAAUGAGUUUGUUUAGAGAAGAAUUCGAGAAGAUUAUAGUCCACAAGCCCAGAACACGAUCGAUUCGUAAAAGCUAUUACCGAAACAUGAUAUGUCUGAAUGUCUUUGUGUCACGUCAGUCAGCAUCCUGGGGAUGACCUCAAUUUCCCUCACAAUAAAAUGAAUGGCUGACUGCUAUCCCAGUAUAUAGCUCACCUCUUGUCCAAGGUCGAAGUCAGCUAUUGCAAGUUUCAGCACAGCCGUGAUCCUAAUAAGGACAAGCGGGCUGAUUUGAUGAUGAAAUUGCGUAUGCAACAGUUGCAUAAAGGUCAAUUAGACUAAUGAACAGUUUGAAAUACCAGUUUUGGCCCAAAACAUUGAGGCUUUUGCUGGAAAGCAAUUAAAAAAAAAAAAAAAAAAAAAAAACGCCCCAAUUUUCCUUUCAAUAAAUUAAAGACACAUUAAAUUAUGGCAGUUGUGUGCUGACUCUGGUUUGAGUUUAAUUAGGUAUGAUUGAUUCAUUUUGAAUUCAGCCACAUCUCUGUUACAAGACGGGUUUGCAUAGUAGUACUUCCAUAUUAUGUUAGUUGUUUUAUAUUUACCCUUUCAAAAAUAUGUUUUGGAAAAUUCAUUGUAGUUGUAAAGGCUCUGUGUCACAAAUUUUUCUUGUAUGGUCCCAUUUAUUUUUAAUGGUAAAAUGUGUGUUUUUGAGCAGUGGUGUGUACACCUAUCACCAGCAAGAGAGAGUAUGACCUUCUGCUUAUUUAUUACAUUUGUUGUGCAAUACUUUCAAAAACAGAAUAUACAGUGCUGUAUAUGCUAUUGAAAGAUUUAGUCUAGGACUUUUGACUAUAAAAUCAGAAAUGAUGUAGUUAGUCAAUCAUUCGGUCUCCUACAUUCCAAAAACAUGCAAGGUAAAUUGAAGAAUGAAUUGUCUGUUUAGGUACAGUGGGGCAAAUAAGUAUUUAGUAUACCACUAAUUGUUCAAGUUCUCCCACUUGAAAAUAUUAGAGAGGCCUGUAAUUAUCAACAAGGGUAAACCUCAACCAUGAGAGACAAUGUGGGGAAAAAAACCCAGAAAAUCACAUUGUUUGAUUUUUAAAGAAUUUAUUUGCAAAUCAUGUUGGAAAAUAUUUGGGCAAUACCAAAAGUUCAUCUCAGUACUUUGUUAUGUACCCUUUGUUGGCAAUAACAGGGACCAAACGUUUUCUCUAACUCUUCACAAGCUUUUCACACACUAUUGCUGGUAAUUUGGCCCAUUCCUCCAUGCAGAUCUCCUCUAGAGCAGUGAUGUUUUGGGGCUGUCGUUGGGCAACACGGACUUUCAACUCCCUCCACAGAUUUUCUAUGGGGUUGAGAUCUGGAGACUGGCUAGGCUACUCCAGGACCUUAAAAUGCUUCUUGCGAAGCCACUCCUUUGCUGCCCUGGCUGUGUGUUUGGGAUCAUUGUCAUGCUGAAUCAUCUUCAAUGCCCUUGCUGAUGGAAGGAGAUUUUCACUCAAAAUCUUUCUAUACAUGGCCCCAUUCAUUCUUUUCUUUACACAGAUCAGUCGUCCUGGUCCCUUUGCAGAAAAACAGCCCCAAAGCAUGAUGUUUCCACCCCCAUGCUUCACAGUGGGUAUGGUGUUCUUCGGAUGCAAUUCAGUAUUCUUUCUCCUCCAAACACGAGAACCUGUGUUU